ACGAGCUUAUGUAAGUGACGUCCUCUUGCUGUCGAUCGCAUCGCGCCUCGACUUAUAAAUCCUCGGCAGUAAACAGUGCCGUGACGCCGUGAUUGUAUUGUCAACGCGUCGGCGUCCCUCGGUAUCCCUCAGUCAACACGCUUGUUAUCAGGCUGGCUCUUGUUUGUUGCGUUGAAAUCGCACUGAGAAAAAUACGACGAAACUCGUCAUGAGCAGCAAUACGAAGCGGACCAUCUACGUAGGUGGUUUAGCCGAGGAGGUCGACGAGAAGGUGUUGCACGCAGCGUUUAUACCAUUUGGAGAAAUUGUCGACGUCCAAAUACCAUUAGACUAUGAGUCUGAAAAGCAUAGGGGAUUUGCAUUCAUUGAAUUUGAAACAGCAGAGGAUGCAGCCGCGGCUAUUGAUAACAUGAACGACUCGGAAUUGUUUGGCCGGACAAUAAGAGUAAAUAUCGCUAAGCCGCAGAAGAUAAAGGAAGGUUCGUCGAAACCGGUAUGGGCGGACGACACUUGGCUGCAAGAACACGCGGGCGAGACAUUGAAAAGUGACGACAGUACGAAGACAAAUGAUGUUGCGCAAUCAAAGAAAGCAAAGCAGAAUCCUCAGGUUUACUUUGACAUAAGCAUAGGAAAGCAAGAGUUGGGCAGAGUUAUCAUGAUGUUACGAGCGGACAUUGUACCGAAGACUGCGGAGAACUUUCGGGCGCUUUGUACGCACGAAAAGGGAUACGGAUAUCAGGGCAGCAUCCUUCACAGGAUUAUUCCAGAUUUUAUGUGCCAAGGAGGCGAUUUUACGAAUCACAAUGGUACAGGUGGGAAGUCGAUCUACGGCAAUAAAUUCGACGAUGAGAAUUUUGAAUUGAAACACACCGGUCCGGGAACUCUAUCGAUGGCCAAUUCCGGCCCGAAUACAAACGGAUCACAAUUUUUCAUGUGCACAGCGAGAACGGAUUGGCUGGAUGGAAAACACGUUGUCUUCGGACAUGUCCUCAGUGGAUUAGAUGUACUUAGAAAGGUUGAAAAAUUUGGAACGAAAUCAGGCAAGCCGACAAAGAAAGUCGUCAUAACUGCCUGCGGAGAAUUAGUAUAAUUAUUUCUGUGUAUAUGUUUUGUAAUAAAUCGAAACUUGUAGAAAAAAAGUCAGAAUUUUUAUA